AUGCGGGACUUGGCUAAUAAGAUGGCCGAACUCAAAUUCGAGGCACCCCUGGCACAGUUUGAGGAGAGCGACGAGUGGGGCCCGGUCGAGUACCAGUCGUCGAAUGUGGCCACCACCAACGGCAAGGCCGCGGCCGUCACCAUCAGCGACAGCCUGAAUCUGAACAAUCUAAAAGAGUCGCUCCGUUCCGUUGACGGCAACCAGCAGCAGCAGCACCAGAAAGAGGAUGAUCUGAACGAGCUGAACGAUAACCUGCUGCUCGGGGACGAUAUGCUGCGCGGGGCAGAUACGACGAACGGUGGUGGAACCGCCGCGAACAACAACAACAACAUUAAGCUCGGACCGAUCAAGGACAAUAUCGACUUUGCGGAAGCGUUCACCGGCAGCCUGGAGGAUCUCGUCAACACAUUCGAUGAGAAAAUCACGAAAUGCUUCGGAAACUACGAGCAGUCGGUCGAGGAGCUAGCCCCGGUGCAAGUUCGCACACAAGAGGAAAUCAUGAACGAGUGCCAGAUGUGGUGGACGAUUACCGGCAACUUUGGGAAUAUUCUGCCGAUCGACUGGUCAAAAACGUACGCCCGACAGAUGCACGUACCGGCGUUGAACCUUGGUAUGCGCAAACCCGGCACCCCCGACGAUGAACUGCUCCAGGAUCUCAGCUCGGAGGACGAGGCGGUUGCGAAUGAUCUCGACAUGCACGCGCUUAUACUGGGUGGGCUGCACGCGGACAACGAACCUAUCAAAACGGCGGAUGAAGUGAUCAAGGAGAUCGACGACAUCAUGGAUGAGACCGGUUCGGAGGAUGGCCAGCUCGAAAACGAGGUGAUCGAGAAGGCGAAGGAAGUACUUGGAUCACCGUUGUACGAAGAAAAGCUGCGUGCCCUUUCGAUCACGCAGUUGAACGAGCUGUACAUGGAGAUGGAGGUGCUGAUUCGCGAGUUCUCCGAGACGCUCAUUUCAGAACUGGCCCUGCGGGAUGAGCUUGAGUACGAGAAGGAGCUGAAGAACACGUUCAUUUCCCUACUGCUGGCUGUGCAGAACCGUCGCCGCCAGUACCAUGUGGAAAAGAAAAAGGGUAAGGCCGGCGGCAAGGGUUCUGCUGGUACCAUCAACAGCUCAGGUAUGGACCCGAAGUAUCUCACCACAGUCAUUCCCUACCAGUUGAACAGCACCCCAGAUAAUCAAACGCUACAAGUAUUGAUUAAAAUUCUGAAAGCUAUCAAUGAAGACAGUCCAACCGUUCCUACGCUGUUGACGGACUACAUUCUGAAAGUGCUGUGUCCGACGUAA